CCUCUCUGCCCUGAUUUAGACCGAGGAGAAGAGGUCCGCACGGGCACUGUUAGGAUCUAGUUUCCUUCCCCCGGCGUCCAAACUGCUCCUGCAUUUGGUUCUAAUAGAAACCGGAAACCUAUUUUUCUGUGCGGAGGGAAGCCGAGGGGGGAAUGAGUAGCAGGGGCCAGCUACCGUGACUCUUUCGGAGGAGAAAGUGCCCCCCCCCCCCGGUGCCAACAACCCAGAGAGUGUCUGUGCUGCAGCGGAUCAUCAUUUGGAGCUGGAGGACAAUAACAGCAAAGUGCCGAGAUGGACCUGAAGCUGCUCUUGAUUGCCACAUUGCUCGGAGCUUUUAGUUGCGGUGAUGCUCAGAAAGAGGGGAACGAGUGCAUCAACGCCAAUGCAAAGUAUUGCGGGGAGUGCAUCCAGGCGGGGGCCAAAUGUGGCUGGUGUAAAGAUCCGAACUUUCUGAAACAGGGCGAGACUGUGUCGACCCGCUGUGACGAGAUGCAUUCUCUGAUAAAAAGGGGCUGUGAUGAUGAUAUGAUCGAGAACCCACACGGUAAACAGAAGAUCCUGAAGAACAAAAAGGUGACCCAUCGCAAAAAGGGAGCAGAGAAGCUGAAGCCAGAGGAGAUCACUCAGAUCCAGCCCCAAAAACUCAGCCUCACCCUCCGAUCUGGUGAGCCCCAGUCUUUCAACUUGACGUUCAAGCGGGCAGAAGAUUAUCCCAUCGACCUUUACUACUUGAUGGACCUGUCCUACUCCAUGAAAGACGAUCUGGAAAAUGUCAAGAACCUGGGAACCAGUUUAAUGUUGGAGAUGUCAAAGAUCACUUCUGACUUCAGGAUUGGUUUCGGUUCCUUUGUGGAGAAGACAGUCAUGCCGUACAUCAGCACCACCCCUGCCAAGCUGCUGAACCCGUGCACAGGUGACCAGAACUGCACCAGCCCGUUCAGCUACAAGAACGUCCUGAAGUUGACCAGCGACGGCAAGAAGUUCAACAACCUGGUGGGCCAGCAGCACAUCUCCGGCAACCUGGACUCCCCCGAGGGGGGGUUUGAUGCCAUCAUGCAGGUGGCUGUGUGUGGGGAUCACAUUGGUUGGAGGAAUGUAACCCGUCUGCUCGUGUUCUCCACCGACGCCGGCUUCCACUUCGCCGGCGACGGCAAGCUGGGCGGCAUCGUUCUGCCCAAUGACGGGAAAUGUCACCUGGAGAACAACGCGUACACCAUGAGUCACUACUACGACUAUCCUUCUAUCGCUCACCUGGUUCAGAAGCUGAGCGACAACAACAUCCAGACUAUUUUUGCAGUGACGGAGGAGUUCCAGCCGGUUUACCAAGAGCUGAAAAAUCUGAUACCCAAGUCUGCUGUGGGCACUCUGUCAGCCAACUCAAGCAACGUAAUCAACCUUAUUAUAGACGCUUACAAUUCUCUCUCGUCCGAGGUUAUUCUGGAGAACAGCAAGCUUCCAGAGGGAGUGACCAUAGCGUACACGUCCCGCUGUAAGAACGGGGUGGUUAGCGAGGGCGAAAGUGGAAGGAGGUGCUCCAACAUCUCCAUCGGAGAUGAGGUCAUGUUUAGCAUCAGUGUGACGUCUAAGGGCUGUCCGAAACUAGGCAAGCCCGAGCACAUCAAGAUAAAGCCCCUAGGUUUUACAGAGGAGGUGGAGAUCAUCCUCAACUUCAUCUGUGAGUGUGAGUGCAACAAGGAUGGCGUCAAGAACAGCCCACUGUGCCACUUUGGUAACGGGACCUACGAGUGUGGAGCCUGCAAGUGCAAUGAAGGCCGUGUGGGCCGACAGUGUGAAUGCAGCAGCAACGACGUGGCCACGGAGGACAUGGACAGGACCUGCCGCAAGGACAAUGGCACGGACAUCUGCAGCAACAAUGGGGACUGUGUGUGCGGCACGUGCGAGUGCAAGAAGAGAGACAACCCCGAGGAGAGGUACAGCGGCCAGCACUGCGAGUGUGACAACUUCAACUGUGACCGCUCUGGGAACAAGCUGUGCGGAGGGCACGGACACUGUGAGUGCAGAGUGUGUGUCUGUGACCCCAUGUGGACCGGAAACGCUUGUGAUUGUUCUCUAGACAAUAGCACGUGCUUGGCGAGCAACAAGCAGAUCUGUAACGGCAGAGGAGAGUGCGAAUGCGGCACUUGCAAGUGCACCGACCCCAAAUUCCAGGGUCCCACCUGUGAGACAUGUCCUACCUGUCCAGGAGUCUGCACCGAACACAAAGAGUGCGUCCAGUGCCGGGCGUUUGGCACGGGCGAGAAGAAGGACACGUGUGAGCGGGACUGCAGCUACUUCAACCUGAUCAAGGUGAAGGACAGAGACAAGCUGCCCCAGCCCAACGACGCCUCCUACCCCGUGAUGCACUGCAAGGAGAGGGACGCCAACGACUGCUGGUUCUACUACACCUACGCCGUCAACAAUAACACGGAGAAGGAGGUCCAUGUGGUGGACAUGCUGGACUGCCCCGCCGGCCCUGACAUCAUCCCCAUUGUGGCGGGCGUGGUCGCCGGCAUCGUCCUGAUUGGCUUAGCCCUGCUGCUCAUCUGGAAGCUACUGAUGAUCAUCCACGACAGACGAGAGUUUGCCAAGUUUGAGAAGGAGAAGAUGAACGCCAAAUGGGACACACAAGAAAAUCCAAUAUACAAGAGUCCUGUCAAUCAGUUCCAGAACCCACAAUAUGGACGUAAAGCUGAUGCCCAUUAAGGUGAAAAUCCCAUCUACAAAAGUGCUGUCACAACGGUGGUCAAUCCCAAAUACGAAGGAAAAUGAUGACAUCAUAGUUUUUAAUGAACUCUACUAUCAAGUUUGGAGGGGGGGGGGGGGGGGGGCUGUGGUCGAAUUUAUGUAAUGUCCUCUUAUGCUUCACCAGUAUAACACACCAUGCGGCCACUGCAUCAUGCGUUUUUACUAACACUAACGAUUUAUAUGCAUUUGUUCUAUUCGGGAUGUACAGUAUGAGUAUAUAUUUUAAUUUGCUUAUUUGGAAAAAGAAAAAUAACAUGAAGGUGUCUUUUUCCUGCUGGAAGACUGUUAUGGGCACAGGAUUUAUCUUUUAGUUUUGAGCAACACCAUGUGGACACUAUGUAUAUAGGAUGUAUGUGCAAGAACCUCUCAGCUUCUCUGUGUGCUCGUCCCUCUCUGUGCACUGACAUCCUGUGGUCAGACGGGAUUUAGCUUUAAUGUGUAGCUGUCAGCCAUAGUAGCACAUAAGGCCAGUCAGUGUGAGAGAGUCUGUGUGUGUGUGUGUGUGUGUGUGUGUGUGUGUGUGUGUGUGUGUGUGUGUGUGUGCGUGUGUGUGUGACUGAAAACAUAACAACUGCAAAAGGAAGUAUUGAAUAAUGUCACAUUAUAACUUGGACUGGACGGUUACGUUGAAUCAGAGGAUACUAUACAGCGGUUGUAAAUGUAGUUUUGAUCUGCAGCUUGGAGACACAUUUUAUUGCACUCUUAUUAUGAACUGUUAUCUAUUCUAAGAGUAAAUACAUAGGAUGAAGAUUAAUAUCAAUUAUCAUCAUUCAAAUUAUUGAUGUAAUAUCACAAAGGAACUGUAUAAUACUUGUUAAAAUUCAGAAAGUGUGAGCAAUUGUAUAUUAAUGACACAAAGAACUGAUGAAUAUUGUCGGGCUUGUUAACUGCAGUAACCCUCUCAGGUCCUUUCCUGUAUGAUCGUCAAGUACGCCAAAAACAUGUUUUACGUUAACUUGUUCCGUGAACUGUAGAACUUGUUCGUGUGAGUCAAAUUUGUCAGUGACAUUUUUUAUGUUUCUUUGAGAUUGUAAGACUCAGACAGGAGUAUUGGUUCGGACGUCACGUGAAUCACCUCGCUUUCACCCACCAAGCGCUUUCGAAGUACAACACACAAGCCGUUACACCAUUUCUUUCAAAGUGCCUUUUGUUUUAAUACUUUGUUCUCUCCCAAUACGGUUUGAGUUAUUUAUUAAAUAAAAUACAAAAACUGUC